AAACCGAUGGUUUCAAGUGAACGAAACACAAGUGCUUUGUCUCUUUCAAGCUUCACCAAAGAACUAUAGCGGAUAGUGAAACACCUCUAAUGAACCAAGUCAGACAGUAGCAUCGACAGAAAGAGUAGGGUACACAACAUUGUCAGAAUUGAGUUGAAAAUACUACAGCUGCCAUGAAAGUGGAGAUGUCUUUCACUGUUCUACCAAAAACGCACUACAAAUACGGCGGAAAUACAACUUGUUAUGAUUUUAUCGAUACAUCGACAGGCAAUCUUGCCUUUGCAGGUGGAGGUAUCUACAAAUGCCCAAAUUCGCUUCUGUUUGUAGAUAAAUUAAAGACUUCAGCAGAAGUAGGUCCAUUGCUUACGCGGAAAAAUGGGGGCGUCCGAGAGACGCAGGAAUAACUCAACAAAUGCGAACUUUAUCAUACCUACGGUGGUGAAAGAGCCUGGAAUACUUUCUCAGGGCACCCGUAGUCAGUAUAUUCAUCCACCAAGCUGGCCAAGAUAGUUAUAUAUUUAGCUCCAAUGCAAUGGACUGAAGCAGAACAUCCAGCCGCAAGUACAGCGGAAAAGCUUUCGUAAGCAGAGGAUUAUGGUCUUAAUGCUUCCUGCUCUCACACGCUCACCGAUUGAGGAAGAGAUGUCAAGUCAAAGGUUAAUCACGGAUCCGCGAUUAUUACCUAACUUGAGAAGACUUGCAUUGUGGUGUUUGGGUGUGGUGCAGAUAAACAAAGAUUUAGGGCAACUGGAAUGAAGAGGCCCUUGAUCGCUUGUAGGAUUGUAGGCGUAUAAUGAGCGAUUCAUUGGUUCAGGUUCUAGAGACAUCAACGAUGACAACUGAUCGAACAAGCAACAAAGACCGUACGCAUUCCAAGGAUGGUGAAUCGCACACCUCUCAUGGGCCGCACGACUCGGCAGCGCCUCAGGAUCACGCGACCAGGGAUCUACCUGAAGGAGAAACGCUGGAGGAAGACGAAACGCCUACCGCGGAGGUUGAAAAUCGCAACAAAAAUGGACAGGAAAAGGAUGACAAGAAGAUUUCCAUGAGACAACCCCAGAAUCAGAAUAGGAGGAAGCAACCUGUAAACCUUCCAAAAACACAACAGCAACAGCAGCAGCAAAAGUCGUACCAUGGAGGACGAAACAUUCGUUCGAGUCCAGGAGGAACAUGGCAAGCAUAUCCUUCAUGGCCUGUAGGAUUCACAUCACCACGUUUCCCACCAACAGCUCCUAUAUAUGGCUAUGCACAUCCAGGGGCAUAUAACAUACCAAGCAGUCCACCACCAACAUCAGGACAGAGAAGUUUAUCAGUAAGUGACAAUCAAGAUGAAGCUGAAGAGAAGCUUAGCAAAACAAACCUAUAUAUUAGAGGACUUUCACCUGGAACAACUGAUGAAGAUUUAAAUAAUUUAUGUAGCAGAUAUGGAAAUAUUAUUUCAACAAAAGCUAUUCUAGAUAAGAACACUAAUAAAUGUAAAGGGUAUGGAUUUGUGGACUUUGAGUCACCCACUGUGGCACAAAAAGCAGUUACCGCCCUGAAGAACAAAGGAAUUCAAGCCCAGAUGGCUAAGCAACAAGAGCAAGACCCCACCAAUUUAUAUUUUCUUUAUCUUCCACGAAAUUUUGAUGAAGCGAAAUUAGAAGCAUUGUUGAGAAGAUAUGGCAAAGUUAUAUCAACAAGAAUUUUAAGAGAUACUGACCAUGAGAGUAGAGGUGUAGGAUUUGCAAGAAUGGAAAAUACACAAAUUUGUGAACAGAUAAUCAAAGAUUUUAAUGGUAAUAAGAUUACUGGUAGCAUUGAAGCUCUUGUUGUCAAGUUUGCUGAUGGAGGUCCCAAGAAAAGGCAACAAACUCAGCAAAACCAUGACAAUUCCUGGCAGUUAAAUAGACAGGAGGGAGUACCCUUGCUUGGAUACGGUGAACCACUAGUGAUGCAAAAUGGAUCAACUGUAGGGAGUUCAGGAAGAGUUAUGACAACUCAUGCUGCAGUUCUCCCUGGACAGGGGACAGCAUUUGUACAAACAAAUAUCCCACUUGCAUACCAACUUGCAACCGGAGGAGGUGGAAGCUGGCUUGCACAUCAACCUUACAUUCAGAUGCAACAUCAACUACAACCAAGUCAGCUAGCAGCUGCCGCAGCAGCAACACCAGUUACACCUUCAUCAAUGGAACACAAUGUUGGGGCUUUGCAGCAGAGCUCUGUUCAACAUCUAACCAGUCAGAUGAACCAGCUCCAAAUGUCAGGCUCGCAAUACAUAACCAGUCCAGUUCAUGGCUCAUUCUCACAAGCUUCAUGGCAGAUGAUGCAUCAGCAUGGACAACCACAACACCCACACCCACACUACAUGUCAGUUGAGGAACAUUCAGUGGUUGGUGAAGGAGAUCCGCUCGGUCCACCCAUGUCACCACAAGUAACAGGCUUGCCUCAACACCUUGCUGAUCCUGGUCAAGGGUUGGAUGAACACAGAAUGACAGGCUACACAUCACAUUACCAACAGAGAAAAUGAUGAUGGAAAAAAACUGGCAACCACGAAUUAUUUAAAUUUUACGUGAUGAAAGAGGGUGUCAUUGUUCCUGAAGAAAUGAAAGUAACCAUGGAAAAUGAAAAUGAUGAGAUUUUACACGCCAUAGAGGCGCCUGAGAUGAUCAGGAUCAGGGAAAUGGGUAUUAAUUUUACUUAAAUCAUAUGACGAACUUGGUGUUGUCGGUUGUUCAAUUGUUUGUUUUUUAUUUUCAUUCAACUGGAGAGAAACGGAGAAUCUACUUUUUUCAAAUAUCUGUUUGGUGAAAUUACCAUCAAAUUUGGUUGAAUUUAAGAAAAAAAGAGAGUGCUGUGGAACGAAGGCUAAUUCUUUUCCCCCUCCUAAGUUUCAUGAAAUAUUUCUCGUGGAAAACACAAAGCCCACCGGCCAAUUACUCGGGAAACGCUUGUUUCGACGAGAAAGGAACGAUUAUUUGAAAUUGUUGGUUUUUUUUUUAAACAAAGAAGAGCAGAAAUCUAUUGUGAUUGAUCUAUAUUUAAUUCGUAAUGGUUCCAACUGCAGUUGCAAGGAAUGGGAAUGAUCGCAUGUCUGAGUGAAACCAGGUCCUUAUCCCAUUUUCUGUGAAUUGCUGAAUCAGCUGUAGUUUGAACUAUUUUUUAUUGUUUAUUUUAAGAAAGAUGCAAUGCGAAUUUGUACAGAGCUCACGCUAAUGAAAUUUCAUGUCCUGAGUAGUCUACUAGGUACUGCAGACUGAAAAUUUUAUGCUUGGGAAAUGGCCUUUUUUAAUUAUAGGUUAGUGAAAUACAUGCACGGUAAUUCAAAAGAAUAUGAGCAUGACCUUAAAGAGGGAAUUUCCUGUCAGAAUCAAGAGAAUUUCUUAUUCUUAUAGAAGACCUAGGCUCCCUCACUCAACAGCGAUGUCAGAGGCUACGAGAAACGGCGUUAGGAAACAAAUGAGAAAAGUAACUUUCUGAACACUUACUCUAAAAGUUAUUCGGGCAUUGUUGAAAAUAAAGGCGACAUUAACAUUUUAUGCAUAGACGUCGUACAUUUCUAAAAUACUGCCGAGAAUGUAUAAAAAGUAACCCCAUCAUCAAACCAGUCACUAUGAAACUUUCGAGACACGACAUUAUCUCGGUUGUCUAUACUGCAGAGGGAUUCUCCUCUGAAAGGUCAUUCUCUACUACCGAUAAAGCUCCAAUUGUCGUACUCUCUGAGCUAAGGAUGUUGAAGCAUUUUCAGAAUUUAUUGUACAUAAGGUGACGAAGAGAGCCGUCUCAACUUUAAGCAGGUAUUUGUUCUUACUCAAAAAUGUUUUUGUUGAAUCCUCUUCGUCUCUAACGGUAGCCGGUUUUAUAAUUGUUAUGUUCCCUAUUUUCUAUAUUUUUUUCUUCUGACGUUCAAUUUUUUUUGUUUGCGGCUAUUUAUUGUUUGCUAAGAACAGAGGACAAAAUGUGGCUAAACUUUCCAUAACUUUGAGCGGAGUCUACUUUAUUACCUUUUUUAAUAUCUAUGGUGAGCUUCAAACUAUGACCUUUCAUGCAUACAUUUACCUCGUAGAAAAACCCACAUUCGCAAAUUCGACUACGUUUGAGCAAAAUUGUGUAUUAGACUUCUCUCCACAUUUCGAAAUUUUUAAAUCUGAGAAACUCACUUUCAACGGGCGUAUUUUGCACGGACAAAACUGAUUAAUCCUAAAUGAGUUAUUUAAUUUCCUCGUGUUUUUUCUAUACGUUCCCUUACGUACGGUAACAAGUAAGGACUUAAAAUAUUUGAAAUCUGUUUCUUAAAAAACGAAUUCGAAAUCUUUGGAUUCCUUAUACUAACAAUUUUUUUCGCUGACAGGAAACUAAUGAUUAUUUAUAUCACUUCCAAAACAAACCUUCAAACUACUUUAACUUAAAUAUUUGAAAGUUUUAAGGGUUUGUCGCCCGGAUGUGUGAGAGACUCAUGCAGUUUAAUUUAAAGCUUUCAAAGCACGAGGAAACUUUUUAAACACAAGACAUUUGAAUGAGGUGCAAUGAAAUAUGCUGUUUGUCGUCGUUCAUGAUUUUUGAUAAAGCUAAAAUACAUGUGAAGUGGAAACCAAGAUAUUUUUUGAUAAUUUGCUGUGCCGGAAUACUUUCAAUUAGAAUUACAUAAUAAAAAGUUUUGAAGUGUGGAGUGAUUUCAAUAACUUGCAGCUGUUUUAGAUUUGUCACUAAAUAUGUUCUGUCCACGGAACUGUGUGGCAAGCCUGAAAGUGCCAUCAGAUUAAGUGAUUUCUCGUUUGCUCAAAAUUUUAAGACUCCUCUCAAGAGGAAAGCAAUAUUUAGUUUUCCACGGAGAGAGUUCACUCCGUUUUCGCUUUAAAUAAAUUAGGAGAGACUGGUUACGACUGAAACUUUAAAGAUGACUCAGUGCAUGUAAUAACCAACGAAUUGGGGUCAACUUUACGUCAGGUGCAGAGAACACUCCUGAAUGCUAUCGCCUUGCUUAAAAUCCUUUUAAGUGCUUUUCAAUGGAGUUUUGUAAAAUCAGCGCAUAAAAAGGAAUUAAGACCAGCAAAUCAGAGCUCACCUUAAGCUUAUACAUGCAAGCCGACUCAAGCUCGGGCAAACCAACUCGCAAUUGGUUUCUGUACGUUUGGAUGUGAUUGGCUGAGAGGAUGAAACUCUGUUGAAAAUCGCUAUUUUAGCCGUAAAAUGAACUGAGGUUUAUUAUUGAAAAUGAGUUUUUACAAUCUUGGCUGCUAUGCAGCUGUCUUUGUGUAUCGGGACUUAAGUCUCGCUUCUCUAUAUCCGAGAUCUGCGUUCAGUUAGGUGUUAAAUUAAAUGACUGUGUUCAUGUGUGUGGGACUAAAUUUUACAUGAGCAAGUACCAUAGGGUGACGACUUGGAGAACGUACUAGCGUAAUAGGAUGUUUUUGUUUCAAUCUUACGAAGUUACUCGAUGUAGUGUUUUCCCACGUCACCUUGUCUCGCGGUUUUCCAUCGACUUCAAAAGAUCUAGGGAAAAAGUAUGCGACAUACGAAGUAGCACUUAGACAACACGUCAAAAGAACAAUUCAUAAAUCAAAAAGAUGACGAUUUCCUAACGUUAUGUUCAGAAAAGUGGCAAUAUGUUUUGCAGUUAAUUUAGCGAACAUUUUUUUUUAUAAUGGAAACCCUCGCAGACUUCCUCAGCUGCUUUGUUUCAACUGUGCGCAUGUAGCAUAACAGGAAGCUUAAUUUAUGGAUGCACCAGCUUUUAUUUCUGUCACUGCGUAGUGCAGUUAGAUAGCUCACUUGAUUAGAAUUAAACUUUACUGGUAAAAAUUUGAUGAUACGUUGUAGAGGCACGACACUUGAGGCUGUGUUUUAGAAUAACAGACUCAGAAAUGCCAUCAAAUCAAUAUCUAAAGUUUAUUCCAUCAAGUAACAUCCCUGAAGCACUUCGGCCGCCUUUUAAACAUGCUUUAAUUGCUCAAAGAAUCGUGGAAUGGAUUUUGAGUGUGUUUGCUUUUUGGUUUUAGAUGUAAUAGGUUUUCGUUCAGCUGAAUCAAAAUGAGGAAAUAAAAAGGGAAACGACAAAUUGAGACGGA